CAGUUGAUAUUUAGUGGGACAAAUGUUGUUGAAAAAACUGACUGUAAUAAAACUGUCAUUUUACCUUGCCAUGUGACUAAUCUAAAGGAGAACAAUAUAAAUGUCAUGUUUGUUACGUGGAAAAAACAAGGAAAUAGAAUUUUUUCUUUCAAUGGAGCAAACCAGAAGUUUCUCAGAGAUCCAACAGUUCCAUCAGCUAACUUAGUAUCUCAAGCGGAUUUACCCAAGGGUGUUGCCUCUCUAAUGCUUAACAGUGCAGAAGCAGAUGUUGGAAAUUACAGUUGUGAAGUAACAGAAUCAAACAGAGAAGGAGAAACAAGAGUUGAACUUAGAAACGGCUCAGUUGUCAGUUGCGGCGAGGAAUAUACCCCAACACCAAAGGAAAGAUGUGGAUCAUGGUUUCUUCUAGCGGAAAGGGCUGUCAUCAUAGUGUUGCUGUUCUCAGUUGUUGUUUUGUGUGCGGCUCAGUUCAUUGUUAUCACAUUAAAAUACGAAAUUGUACCUCAGAAGAAAGUGGGCAUUAUUGUACCAGUUAUCAUCUUCACAGUUGCUGCUGUUGUAGGCACUGUUCUUUUUGUCCAAGAUGGCUAUUCUGCACAGAAUCAAGCCGGUCUUGGCCUAAUUGUAGUCCCUGCUGUGAUUUUCGUACCACUUCAAUACUUUAUAUUUGGAUUGAUUUUUGAUAGUCUAUCACAAGCAAUGCUUGCUCUGAUAGGUUUGCACGUUCUUGGUUAUAUAAUUGCUGUGGUUGGUUUCGCACUGUGUGUCUCAGCCUGUCCUCCGUUACAUGGAUCUGUUGUGAUUGCUGGCUUAGCUAUUAUGGCUAUUGCAAAUUCGUUUAGUCUGGCUUACGUGUUUAUUAUGGGUUCCAGAAUGAAAGAUCAUCAUCGUCCAGGGAAAGCUGUAGAAGAACCACUAAAUGAACUGCGGGGGCAUGUGAUAUGUGAAAAGUACACCGUUGUUGAUACACCGUGGCCUUGAAGAUGCACUACUCAGAAGAAAUUCAGGAAACUAGUUGUUUUGCAUGUGUGGCAAAAGUGCUUUUGAUAUAAAUGAUGUCAUUUUAUAGUCACAGCAGCUGUAGCGAGGAACGUGUGUGUUUGCCCACAUGUGAUCUUUAUUUUCUUUUGUUAUGGUAUAUAUGGUAUAGUUGAGGGUGAGAAUAUAAAAAGCACUGUUUGCCCACUACAG